UUCUGUGCAGCAUGUUUUCUGGAUGGAACUGGGUGGUCCAUGGCUUAUAUCUGCUCUUGAAUAUUUGUUCCCUUGAAGUUUCAGGUGGACUUGUACAGUCAUGUGGUCAUAUCAUCCCAGAGUCUGCUGUAUUGGCCCUUGGUUCCAAUUUCACAGCAUUAUGCAUUUUGAAUGAGAGUUGUCUUGACUUUGGCAAUAUCUAUGCUAAUCAGAUUAUCUGGAAAAUUAAAAAUAGAGUGGUACCUAAAGAACAGUAUCGUGAAAUAAACAGAACGGUUUCCAGUGUCACAUUUAAUGACACUUCUUCACUAGCUACUCCUCUGACAUGCAACAUUUUAGCAGAUGGACAGAUUGAGCAGAACAUCUAUGGAAUUACAGUUACAAUAGGCUUGCCCCCAGAGAAACCCAAGAACUUGAGUUGCAUUGUGCGUCAGGUGUCAAAACUCACAUAUCCUAUGACUUGUACCUGGAACCCUGGAAGGCAUACAUUCCUGGACACUCACUUUAGGUUGAAAUACAGGUGGCCACAAGAGAACUUCCCUGACUGUAUACCAGAAGAUGUAAACAAUUCUUGUACAAUUACUGAUGUUCAGUUCUUUGUUAACCUGGAGGUCUGGGUAGAAGCAGCAAAUGCCCUUGGAAAGGCUGAAUCUGAUCCUCUUGUUCUUGAUCCCAUUGAGAUUGUUAAACCUCUGCCUCCACACAACUUAUCAGUCAACUCGGGAAUACUACCUACUGUUCUGAAGCUUUCCUGGGAGAAUCGAAUUUCACCAGCUGUGAUGAAGCUGAAAUUCAAUAUUCGCUAUAAGAUCACCAGUGACACAAACUGGAUGCAGGUUCCUCCUGAAGAUACAGCUUCACCAAGAACUUCAUUCAGUGUUCAAGGGCUCAGACCCUACACAGAGUAUGUCUUUUCAAUUCGUUGCAUGAAGGAAGAUGGAGUGGGCUACUGGAGUGACUGGAGUGAAGAGAAGACUGGGGUGACCACUGAAGACAAACCAUCUAAAGGACCACCCAUAUGGAGGAUCAUUGAUGCAUCUCACUCACCAGCUUCCUGGACUGUGCAUCUGAUGUGGAAGGCUUUGGAGCCAUUUGAAGCCAAUGGAGUAAUCUUGCAGUAUGAGGUGACCGUCAGAGCUAAAUCAUCUCUCUCUAGUCCACCAGAGAAAUAUAAUGUUAGUACCACCAACCUUACAUUAAAACUGCCAAACGGAACUUACGAGGUGACUGUGAUUGCCCGGAACAGAGUUGGGGCAUCCCCCCCAUCAGUUUUACUUAUCCCAGCAAGUAAUUCAAAAGCUCCUGUGAAGAAUGUUAGAACACUACCUAAAGAUGGCAAGCUGUGGGUAGGGUGGACUGCUCCUAACAGUUAUGUCCUUAAAUACGUGAUUGAAUGGUGUCUGGUGUCCAACAGCUCAGACUGCAUCAUAGAAUGGCAAAACGAACCAGGAAAUGUUCAAGGAACAUACUUAAAAGGUGAUAUAAAGCCAUUCAAGUGUUACUUGAUAACUGUGUACCCUCUAUAUGCUGAUGGUCAGGGAAGUGGACAGUCUGUGAAGGCUUAUGGUGCCCAACAGAGAAACUAAUCUUCAUCUCCCGUUACAGGUCCUUCAAAAGGACCAACUGUUCAGACAAAAAAAGUAGGAAAAGCUGAAGCUGUUUUGACAUGGAAUCAUCUCACAGUGGAUGAACAAAAUGGAUUUAUCAGGAGUUACACCAUAUUUUACAAAACUGUUGAUGGAAAUGAAACAGCUGUGACAGUGGAUCCUUCCAAGACAGAGUAUACCCUCUCUUCUCUAACCAGCGACACACUGUAUACUGUGCGGAUGAUGGCAUACACAGAUGAAGGAGGCAGGAGUGGUCCUGAUUUUACAUUUACUACACAGAAAUUUGGGAAAGGAGAAAUUGAAGCCAUAGUCGUACCUGUGUGUCUAGCAUUCCUGUUGAUCGUGCUCCUUGGAGUUUUGUUUUGCUUCAACAAACGUGACUUAAUUAAAAAGCAUAUCUGGCCUAUUGUCCCUGAUCCAUCCAAGAGUAACAUCGCUCAGUGGUCUCCUCAAGUUCCAGCUAAGCAUAACUUUAGUUCUAAAGAUCAGAUGUAUCCAGAAGGCAGCUUUACAGAUGUAAGCGUCGUAGAAAUAGAAGCUGAUGACAAGAAGUCUUUUUCAGAACAAGAUCUAAAACCCUUUGACUUGCUUAAAAAGGAAAAAAGUACUUCAGAAGGGCACAGCAGUGGUAUUGGAGGAUCCUCAUGCAUGUCUUCUCCUAGGCAAAGCGUCUCUGACAGCGAUGAAGGUGAAACUACACAAAACACUUCAAGCACUGUACAGUAUUCAACUGUAGUACUUAAUGGCUACAGAGACCAAACACCUGUACAAGUCUUUUCAAGGUCUGAGUCGACUCAGCCACUGCUAGAUUCAGAAGAGAGAUCAGAGGAUCAUGCUGGAGGAGGUGACAGUACAACACAGAGGCAGCAGUAUUUCAAACAAAGCAGUGGUCAGGAUGAAACCAACACAGACAGGCCAUGCUUUGAAAGAACAAAGCAAAUUACACCUGCUAAUGAGGGGGAUCUUGUUGGAUUUGCACAACUGCAGAUCUCAGGUCAGAGUUCACAGUCGUUGGGCCUUGGGCUGGAAAAAAAUACCCAGGAAGCUGCUCUAUCAGAUAUUUUACAGGCAAGUACUGAAGGACUACCUGUGAGACCUGAAGCAGUGGAAGGAAAUCCACUGUCAGUUGAUGAAAUACCAAAAAGUUACCUCCCACAGACUGUGAGACAAGGGGGCUAUAUGCCUCAGUGAGAGAAGAGACUGGCUCUGUUUAGGCCUUCAUGAGUGCCUGUUCACACUUUCUCCUGUGUUUCUGAUAAAUUAAGCUAGGUAUUUUUAUCUGAAUGCAGAUAGAAAUACUGAAACUAAGUGAAGAGUACAAGUGACAAAGUACAAUAAGGACUGUGUUUUUGUGGAAAACUUGCAGUCCAGACCUGCUGGAGACUUACUUUUAUGCACUACAUAAAAUCUUAUGUCUGGAUGGCUGAAAAAGCCAUUGUGCUACCUUGGUUUUUUUGUGUCCUGUCAUAUCAGAUUUACACGAUUGAAAAUGGCAAGUUUCAAUCAAUUACAUCGGCCAAUAGAGCUCCCAGAAGAAAUACUUCGAUUUGUGACAGUGUACAAGCCUAAAAUGCCAGCUUUAAUUGCUUGGAGCAUCUUUGUGCAAAAGUAAGACUGAAGCUUAGUAUUCUAACAUGGAAGAAUACUUGUGUCAUAUACUUUUCAGUAGCUUGAUUGACUUUCUGAAUUUUGACUUGGCCCAGUGUCUCAGUUUCCAGCUUACCGGACAUGCAAAUCAUGUUCAUCCCCACUUAAAAAUUGUAAAAAUUAAAUAGAGCUUGCUAUGGUGUGCAAAUAAGAAAACACCAUGAUCGCUUGACUCUGAAUGCUACUAUAGUAAUUGAUAUUCUGCCUACAUUUAGAUAUGUGUGCACAUGAACUAUGUCAUAAUUUGGCCUAAAAAUGUGCCUUGCAACUUGAUGCACAGCAAUUCAGUCUCACAUUCGAAAGUUUAAAAAUCCAGAUGAAAACACAGCUUCACAGUUAUUUAAAGGUUUUGUACCCAAAUCACUGUCUGAUUACACCAUACCUCUCUGGUCAUAUAAGUUGCCUUUGUUUAAUAAGUGCACCUUUGCUCUAUACAGCUCGAGAGGCAAGAAAUGAGCUGUAAGUUUUUACCACUUUUCUAACUGCUCAGGAGAAAGGGAAUAUGACCUUCUUGAUUGACUACAACAAUUAGUGUGCCGUAACCUCACUGCUAAUGCUGCAGGACAUCCUCGAAACCAAAAACAGCAAAAAACAAAGCAAUGAAGCUUUCAGAAGAAAACCCAAAACCUAUAUCCUGAAUUUGAACUUCACUGGUAGUAUGUAGCCAUUGGCAAUCAUGAGCCACAAAUAACACUUAAUGUGGUGGUUAAAACUUCUUACUUUUUCUUAUGAACAGGGGAAAAGUGAGACAUACAGUUUGCAUUUUAUUGAAGAAGAUAGAUUUCUUGGAGACUGUCUCUACCAGGGUUUAAAGAAAAAUGAAAUUACAUUAAAAUAACCCCCUUCUCCAAUGAUAACUAGAAAUCUUAUGGCACUCUUGUAGAUUUUUUUUUUUAACCUUAACUUAGCCUAAUCAGCUUUCUAAUCUGACACUAAUAAAACCUUAGUUGAAAACACUAAAUGCUGUGGUGUGAGAAUAAAACAAGGUUUUAUUUCUCCUUCAGCAAAAGAACUAUGUAUUUAAAACCACCUGAAACCUUUUGUGCUGUGACCUCUGGUGCUGCUGUUCUGCAAAGCAGUUGCUAAAGGCCCUGGAAAGGCAGAGGUGUCAGUAUCAUUUCAACUUCCCUUGUCUGCCAGCUUGCAUGGAAGGACAAGUAUUCAUAUAAAUGUUCACAUGUGUAUUCUGCUUUUGUUAGGAAGAAAUUUAAUGCUAGAGUAAAUUCAUAAGAUUACCUCUUCAAGUCGUGACUAUUUAAAAAAGAUAAAGAAUGCAGAAUAUUUAAUAACAUUUCAGUAUUCCACAGUUCCUUUCUCCCAGCAGUAUUUUUCAUAUCUGGGGACUUUUUUAAACUAAAAGGCUAUGUUGCAGAUUACUGUAACUAAACCUUUCUUCAAACCAGUCCCCUUCCUUUUCUCCCUACUCCACCUCAGCACCUUCAAACUCCCUCCCAGAGGGCAAAGGGCAUAAGAAAAACUAUGCUGUCACGAGACAGCAGAGACUGCCUUUCAUUUUUUCAGAGGCUGAAGGAGCAUUCCUUUGUCAGAACACAUUCCUCUUGGAAAAUGAUAGCAGUUACUUUACUUGGGGAUCAGUUUUCUUCUCUAUGCAAACUUCGCGGUGACUGUAGAAACCACAAUUAAAGAGGGGAGUCUCUGAGCAGUGUGUGUGCUUAUUAGAACUGCCCUGCAGCCAUGUGCAUCUAAUCCACCUCCUGCUCAUCUCUGAAAUAUUGUGGGCUACAGCCUGGCUACUUAGUCUGAACAGUGCUUCAAAGGCCUGGAUGUUUUUAAAAACAUGCUAAUUAUUUCUUUCUUUCUUUUUUUUUAAUUGUUUUUUGUGAUCCAGUGAGACUAACUUUUGAUAGCAUAUAUCGUAUUUGAGGGAUGACUUCAGUUAUUCUGAAGUUACUAUUUGCCUUUCUGUUGUGUAAAGAGAAGGCAUUUUGUUCUCUGUUGCUGUUAAUCAUGGACCUUUUCCAAGGUUAAACAAACAGCAUGAAGAGACUCUAAUUUUUAAAGGUCUAUGCUAACAAAAGUUCUGGCCUGUCACUUCCGGCAUCUUUCCUUCUUUGUGUUGAUGGGCCAGUGGUAGUAAACCCACAGAUUUGUAUAGGAGUGUAUCCUAGAGAGAAAUCUGUCUGUCUGGCAGAGUUAAUAUUCUAUCUUUCAGGCUUGUGCAUUUAUCUAGAGCUAAAAUACUAAAGACUAAGCAGGAGAUACUGGUGGGUGAACAGCUUGUAGAAGCCACAAUACAUGUAAAUAACAGGUUUACAGCUUGUUCAUAAACCCAUGUGCCAAAUAUUAUAUCAUGCAGUGUUCAGGGCUUAACUUGGUUUUGUAGUUUGGAUCGUAACAAUCUAAUUGUAUCAAACAGUUGCAUAGAGGGUUUUAGAGUGUCUGUAAUGUAAUUAUAGCAAUCCACUGAAAUUCUCUGAACUUGGCCAUAAUAUAGUAAUUAAAGAAAAAGCUUCCCCCUCCCCCCCCACAAUAACUGUGGUGCACUUUACAAAAUAAUGGCAUUACUAAAAUAAAAUCACACUUCAGUAUUGACACUUUCAUGUCCAUCUUGGUUUCCUGGACUGGGAUUUUUCAGGUAGGGGUGGGAGAAUAGUUGUAAAGACCUUGUUACUUUGGUGGCAGGGAGGGGAGACUAAUAGAAAUACAAAGUAUAUUUCCUGUAUUAGCAGGCUGCCUAGCUGCUCCUCUGUUGACAGGAAAAGUGAAUAUAUUUAACUCUAUAGUUCUGUUGUGGUGGUUCUAUUAGGACAGGAGGUUGUUGGGGUUGUUUCUGGGGUACAUUGGCUCACUUUCGGGGGCAGUUAGUCUGGGAAUAUCCUCUCUCACUGUAGUGAAGGUCUUGAGAUUAUGUUUCAUAUGCCCUCCCUGAGGUAAACUAAACUGCCUGUUAAGCCUCAACCUGGCAGCGCAAAGCAUGGGAGAGCAAAAGUUUUUCUAAAUUUCAUUCUGGAGUGUGUGUGACAAGUAUGUGCCUGUCUGUGCUACAGCCCAGCAAAAUGCUAAUUAUCAGGCCUGGAAAAAACAUGGGCCCUUGGGGGAGGAGGAAGUUUGCAUGUGAGGGCUGAGUCCCCUUCUUGGGCACUGGAGAAGCCCCGUGGCAUGGGGUGGGGUUUGGAGGUUCAGCUUUGUAAAUUAUGAGCACCACCAGUUGGUUAAAACUCAAUAUUGGUGUGCCGAAUAUGUGGGAACCACCAUGCUGAUUUAACUUUAGUAAUUGAACCUGUUUAAUUAGUGCCAGGUCUUGAAUAUCGAAGACCCACAUCAAUAUAUGCUGCUAUGAUAUUGACUUCACAGUGGGAUCUGAAAUGCCAAAGACUCUCAGAGAAAUUGUUAACAGUCCAUCCUGCUCCAGCACAUACCCACUUUAAAUUGAAAUUUAUGUGCAUUAAAUGGGACUAAAUAUAGUAGUUUAUUUUCCCUGAGACAGUUGUUGUAGUUGAGAUUAACUGUCACUUGGAUAUGUUCCUUUAACUAUGCUAAAAAGUUCUCCUGACUGAUGGAUUUUAAAACUUCAUUAAUCCCCUGUAACUUCUUGUCUGUUUGUUAGGAUGGAUACACAGUCAUUUUAAAUUCCGGGAGUUGCUUUUAAUGUUAUUUGGAUGCAGUUUAUAAGAAAAAUGUUGACUCUCUUGUCAUGAAACAGCCAUUUGGGAAUUACAGGCAACCCCACAGUCUUCAGCUUAGCUCUUGAUCCAGAAAACUGCAGUAAAGUGGAGAUGUAAGUGCAAAAGUCUGGAGAAGAGUAAAAUUAAGUAUCUCACACUGGACUCACAGCUUUUCAUUUCUCUUCCUUAAAAGUGAAAGGAUCAGUUAAAAAAAAAAAAA